AUGGGACGCACCAGGAGACCGGAGAACCAGCAGACCCCCAGGGCAGUACCACCAGCACCAUCAUUGGGACCGAUGGACAGGUUUCUACAAACCCCUCUGGGUCCGAGCCGCGAGGCGCAUGGAUCCAAGAUGGCGCCCGUCUCCCCGGCUUCCUCCUACUCGGAGCAGGAACAUCCCACACUGGCAGAUAUCGGGGCAGAGAUCAGGAGACUAGCAGCCAACAUGGUCACAAAAUUUGACCUGCAGUCCCUGACCGCCACCCUUACGGCAUCCCUCACAUCCGCAAUCACCACACUACGCAUGGACAUAGAGGCACAGAACAGAUGCAUCCAAGCCUUAGAACCCCAGGCCCAAGCCACACAGCACCAGGCCUCAGCUGCAGAUACAGCCCUAACAAGGCAGGGCAACAUGCUACUGGCCCUGCGCAGACAGGUCGAGGACCUGGAUAACCGGAGUCGCCGCUCUAACAUCGGGGUAAGGGGGGUGCCGGAGCAGGAGGGGACUGAGAAUGUUGAGGAGAUGCUGACCGAGCUCUUCCACCAGAUUCUGGGGAGCGACACGCCACCAGACAUCCGCUAUGAGCAGGCAAACAGGGCCUUGCGACCCAGGAUUAGGGAUGGGGACCCCCGUGACAUUAUUUGCGGCUUACACUAA